CUCCAUCAAGCAUUUCGGAGUACAACUCACUUACAAGCAGGACCAAGUGACCAACAGUUGAUGCACCAGUGGUCCAGUACCACACAAGAAGAGGAGCUAAAAUUCCAAAGCCCAUAAAUUUUUUUUUUUAAAAAAAAGAGCUAAAUUCCAUGUAAGUUGUAAACAUUCCAAAUGCAUCAUCCCCUUUUAUUCCUCCUAUACAUACCGCCACUAAGCACCACAUUUAAGACAACCAACCACCCCCCCAUGAAAACCUCUCCCACCAGUUGUCCAGAUGGAUGACAUGUGGAGCUCUAAGCAUGGGAGAUAGAGACACGCCUGUCACUUGCAACCAAGUAAUCACCUGGUAUCUUUAUUAACGUGUUUUGCGUGUAAAUCCUACUUUUUUUAUUUUACAAUACCGACAGUUUUUUUUAGAUAUUUUAUUGGGGUAAUUUUACAAAAAACUUCAUAACUUUCAUCAAAUUUGACAAAACCCUUCAAUUUUUAAAAUCUCUCAAUUUGGUUCAUUGAACUUUCAAUUGCUCUCAAUUUAAACAUAUCUGUCAAAUUUAGGGUUUAAAAAUACUAAAAAAGACCAAAAUAUCCCUAAUUUUCUUUUUUUCUUUUUUUUAAUAAAAAAACGUUUUGGAAUUAGGGAUAAAGUUAGAAUUUUAUAAAAAAAAUCAGGGGUAUAAAAGUCAUGUGACGUUUAAAAUCUGACGGAGAAGUCCAAAUUGAUUGCAAUUGAAAGUUUAGAGGACUAAAUUGAGAGAUUUUGAAAUUUGAAAAAAGGUUUAUCAAAUCAGGUGAAAGUUCAGGAAUCUUCAAUAAAACUACCCCUAUUUUAUUUAUAACAAUAAUUAAUUCAAAGAUUAGUUGAAAUUGGUACGUCACCAUUACGAGAUAUUGGUGAAAUACAAAUAUAGUUUCUAGCAUAGAUAUGCUAUUUAGCAUUCUCUAAAAAGCAUAAAGGAUAGAUUGAACAUGUCAUGUUAGUUGAAAAUGCUAAGAGAAUACUAAAUAGCAUUUCUCUUCUAGUGUUACUCUUUGCUUUUUGUUUGAAAAAGUUUAUAUUCAGAUAUAACAUAAAUGUAGAAACAAUUUUGAGUAUUUUGUGUUUCGAAAACAUAAAACAAAAGCAAAAAUAAAAAUAUCAACAAACAUAGAACUAUUUUGUGUGUUGUUCAAGUUGGGAGCCACACAUCUAAUAACAUGUCGUUUUUGGUGGAGCUACUCUGGUUUACUUAUUUAGGAAAGAAAGACACUACAAAAUUGUGGUAGUCGUGGACUACGCUGACACCUUCCCUUUCAGAAAGGCAAAGAGGCUGGAUACGAUAGAGCUAUUUUUCUCAAGCGUUGGUUUUGUGUGUGGCUCUCUUUUCUUAUCCCUACCAUUCUUCUCAUUUUUCUUAUAUAUGCAUGCAUUAUCUCCUUCACUCCCUUGUAAUAAUUUCCAAUUUGCAGGCAUGUCAGAUCAAGAUCAUGAAAAUGCCUUACCUGAAGACCCGACGUGGCCGCCCGAGCUGAAGCUUCCAGGCUUGCUGUUUACUAACGCCGUUAGGGAAGUCCAUGCGACGAUUGAGAACGAAUGGGAUCCUCUGCAACGGUCGGCGUGUCAAACGGCGGCGGGAAGAGCCCUGUGGAAGCAUUUGAUCCACGACCCACUUGCAGAUUUGCUUGCAGGCGAGACGUACCUUACAAGCCUGUAUGAGAAGAUAAAGAAAGACCGCAUCAGCAAUGCACGAGAAGUCUCCGGCGUGAUUCUCGCUGUUCGAACCCUUUGGUUUGAUUCCAAAAUUGAAGCCCUUCUUAAUUCAUUCACCAUGAAGGAGGCCCAAGUUGUUUUCCUCGGAGCAGGGAUGGAUGCAAGGGCAUACCGUUUAAACUGCUUGAAGGAUAGCGAUGUUUUUGAAGUCGAUUUUCCCAAAGUCUUGCAAGUGAAAGCAUCUCUUCUACAGACAGCAAUGGAAUCCAAAGAUGAACACCAGCAUCUAAAGGAGACGGCAAAAUCCCUGACCAGAGUGGCAGCAGAUAUUAGAGAUAAUGACUGGCUUGAAAAGCUUCAAACAUCAGGGUUUGUGCCAGAGAAGAACACAAUAUGGGUUCUUGAAGGAAUCCUUUAUUACCUGUCCCACUCCCAUGCCACGCAGGUGCUGAAGAUCAUAGCUGAGAAGUGUGCCCUAACCCAUACAGUCCUAUUAGCUGAUUUCAUGAACAAACCAUCAACCACGCUUUCAGAGUCCAUCUUCCACUUCUACAGUGAUUGGCCUGAUCAUCUCCUGCCAUCUCUGGGGUUUCCUCAUGUUAAGCUUUCUCAAAUUGGUGAUCCCGACGCUCAUUUCGGGCUAAUGCACGAUCCACUAAAUCUGUUUAACAAGCUUCGCAGCUUGCCUAGAUCCGUACAACAGCAUCCAGAUGAUGGAACGCCAUGCUGUCGCUUAUAUUUGGUGCAGGCUUCUGGUUCACCCAACCAAACCAUUCCAUAGAAAGCCAACAGAUCAGAGUUAAUAUAGACAGCUAGCAAUUAUAGCAUAAAUGUAGGCAUCAUUGUUUGUAGUAUUACCUAAAUGUAUGUACUGAUUUUUGACAGAUAAUCAGAAGAAAAAUAUGAUAGCCAUUAAGUUGGUUUUCUUGCAAUCACAGGUAUAUGAACUACCAUACAUCACUAGUUCUAAUUUUUUCUUCAAGAAAUGUUAUUUAGUAGACUACUAUAUGACUUUCAUACAAUUGAGAUGAUAUUACAGUAAAAAUCAAACCUUUGACUUUUUUUUACAAGCCCUUACUGAUCCAAAUGCUGUUUUUACUAUCAUGUCAUUUCAAUUAUGUGACAGCUAUAUAGCAAUCAACUAAAUAACAUUACUCUUUUUCUCCAAGAGAAAAGUGUUCAAGCACAAAAAUUCUAAGAAGUCCCUUUAAUUUAUAGUUUCAGCUAUACUUCAGUUCUACACAUGCAACAUAUAUCAACCAUGACAGGCAUUUUCGUAUAUAAUGUCAAGCCAAUAUAAUGUAUAACCCGCCAGGAGAAAAAAACAAAAUGUUUUCUCAACAAAGUCAUUCCAGAGAUAUUAAGUGCAACAGGCAAACCAGGCCAGAGAUACCAACAAUGACCAACAUCAAAAUCCUUUAGAUAAUAAUAACAGGUUACAGAUAU